AACAUUUGCUUGGGAAUGCUGCCAUGACUCCUGUUUCGCCUUUGCAGUGGAACAUAUAUGAUGUGUACAUGGCGGAGCUCCAGAAACAAGAGGUGCAAAAACAGAAACAGAAAGAGAAGGAGAGUGACAAAAACAAAAAGAAGAUGAUGCUCAUUGAGACGCCGAGCGAUGACAUCACCCAAGUAUCCAAAUCAGCCAAGCUGUUGGAGCGGAUGGUCAAUCAGAACUCGUAUAGUGAAGUAGCACAAGAUUUCAAAUAUUUUGAGGAUGCGGCUGAUGAAUUUCGCGAGCAGGAGGGUACUGUUCUCCCCUUGUGGAAGUUCCAGUAUGACAAAGCCAAAAUGAUGUGCGUCACUGCCCUCUGCUGGUAGGCAUGCUCACCAA